CACAGCACAGCUCCCACUUGCUUACAUGUCACUGCAGCUUGAUACAGACGUAUUUCACAUGAAAACAAAUUACAUAGAGCAGGCUUUCAGUUGUGAAUGUACUCCUUUUAUUUUUUUUCUCCCCUGUGUCUCCUUAUCUCUCCCAGAUCCAGGUGUUAGAAGGGCAGUGAGCAGAACAUUGCACUCAGCCUUGGCACUGCACAGGGGUUGCAUCUCAUUUGUUUGCACCUUGUGUGUCUGCAGUUCUGGUGAGGUCAGAUGCUUUCUGUUCUGUCCCACUGCCUUUCCUUAGUGGGACGUUUUUAUGAUACUUCAGCACUUGGGGUGGCUUUGUUUGAGGCAGGGCAUCCAGACGCACUUCGAACCCGGCAGGGUGACACAGGGAGCCACCUGGCUCUGCUCCCAGCUGCAGGAGCAGGGCAGGCUUUGGGGUCUUGCUGUGUGUGUGGCAGGAUGAGUUGCCUGCUCAGGCCAGCCAGGCUCUCUGCUCGGUGGCUUUUUGCAUCCGCUGCUGCUCCUUGCCGCCGUGCCUCGCGGUUCAACGUGCCUCCCAGUGCUGAGUGCGUGGCCCGGCCCGUGGGGCUCUGCUCCAUGCUGAGGCUUCCUGUUCAGACCUCAGCAGAGGGACUGAACGCAGCUUUUGUCGGCGUUCCCAUUGAUGUGGGCACGUCCAACCGGCCCGGAGCCAGGUUUGGUCCUCAGCAGAUCCGUGCUGAGUCAGUGAUGGUGAGGAGGUACAACGCCAGCACUGGGGCAGCGCCUUUCGACUCCCUGCUGGUGGCUGAUGUUGGAGAUGUGAAUGUCAACCUCUACAACCUGCCCGACAGCUGCCGCCGCAUCUACGUGUCCUACCAGAAGAUCGUGGCCUCUGGCUGCGUGCCUCUCACUCUGGGUGGAGACCACACUGUUACAUACCCCAUCCUGCAGGCAGUGGCAGAAAAGCACGGACCUGUGGGGCUGGUGCAUGUGGACGCUCACACUGACACCAGUGACGUGGCCCUGGGGGAGAAGAUCUACCAUGGGACCCCGUUCCGGCGCUGCGUGGAUGAAGGGCUGCUGGACUGCAGCCGUGUGGUUCAGAUUGGCAUCCGUGGCUCCUCCUAUGCCCCCGAUCCGUACAAGUACUGCUGGGACCAGGGAUUCCGGGUGGUUCCAGCUGAGGAGUGCUGGAUGAAGUCCCUGGUUCCACUGAUGGGAGAGGUGAGGCAGCAGAUGGGGGAUGGCCCGGUGUACAUCAGCUUUGACAUCGACGGGCUGGACCCUGCCUAUGCCCCGGGAACGGGGACACCAGAGAUUGCUGGGCUCACACCUAUGCAGGCUUUGGAGAUUAUUCGUGGCUGCAAAGGACUCAAUAUAGUGGGAUGUGACCUUGUGGAGGUGGCACCCAUAUAUGAUGUCUCUGGUAACACUGCCCUGCUAGGAGCCAAUCUGCUCUUUGAAAUGUUGUGUGUCCUUCCUGGAGUGAAAACCAUGUGAGGGCAGCUGCUGUCUGGGCCCCAACCCUGCACAACAGUGACCCACCACCAGCAGAUGCCAUCGCAGACCUUGGAUGAGGUUCCUGAUGCCCUACUCUCCUCCAGGUGCAGUGAACAUGUGCUUUGCAGUAAGGAAUAAAUGCUGUGUGCUGCUAGAAGAGGUAGUGAAGCCUAGCAGCUGGGGAGAGCUGGGUGUCCCUUGGGCCAACCUCUGGUGUUCAGGAAGGGUUUGGCUGCCCUCUGGAUGUGUGAGUUGGUACAGACAUGGGGUCGUUUGGCACAUGGAAAAACACAAAAGCAAUUUCAUCACACA